CCUAAACCCCAAGACGCUCUUAAAUCCUACAAUCACAAAAAACCCAAUUCCAAUUUGCAGACACCUCCUCUUCUUCUCACUCUCUCUCCUCCAUAACAGCGGAAGCCAUUGUUAAACCUUGAAGAACAUCUACGACAAUGGUUCGAAGUGUAAAAAAAAGCAAGAAAGCUAAAAAGAGCAACAACAAGGGUUCGAAAAAUGACGAUUCAUCUUCAUCAGGAGCAGCUUCUUCGAUGCCGGCGGCACGAGUAUGGCAACCAGGUGUGGAUGCUAUGGGCGAAGAUGAAGAGCUUCAGUGUGACCCUUCUGCUUACAAUUCUUAUCACGCUUUUCAUAUGGGAUGGCCUUGUUUAAGUUUUGAUAUUGUUCGUGAUUCUCUAGGAUUACUUCGAACUGAGUUUCCUCAUACUGUCUAUGUUGUCGCCGGAACUCAGGCGAACAAACCAUCAUUGAAUACUAUUGAAAUAUUGAAGGUGUCAAACAUUUCUGGGAAAAGGCGUGAGUUAGUACCUAAGAAUGGCUCAGAUGAUGAUAGUGAUAGUGAUAGUGAUGAAGAUGAUAAUGAGGAUGGUCAUGGAUCAGGAGCACCUAUAAUGCAGGUGCGCAAGGUAGCUCAUCAAGGAUGCAUUAACCGAAUUCGUUGCAUGCCACAAAAAGAAAGUGCCCAUAUUUGUGCCACUUGGGGAGAUACAGGUUACGUGCAGGUUUGGGACUUUAGCUCUCAUCUCAAUAUCUUAGCUGAAUCAGAAACAGAUAGCAGUCGAGGUGGAACUUCUGUGUCUAAUCAGGCCCCAUUGAGUAUGUUCAGACACAAAGAUGAAGGCUAUGCCAUGGAUUGGAGUCCCCUAAAGCCUGGAAGACUCCUAUCUGGUGAUUGUCAAAAUUCUAUUUAUUUGUGGGAACCUGAAUCUGGAAAAUGGAAUGUUGAUAAGAAUCCAUUUGUUGGACAUACUGCUAGUGUGGAAGAUCUGCAGUGGAGUCCUUCAGAAGCCGAAGUAUUUGCUUCUGCCUCUGUUGAUAAGACCAUUGCUAUUUGGGAUCUUCGUUUGGGGAAAUCUCCUGCAAUCUCCUUUAAGGCCCAUGAUGCGGACGUAAAUGUAAUCUCGUGGAACAGGUUAGCAAGCUUUUCGCUUGCAUCAGGUAGCGACGAUGGGUCAUUCUCCAUUCAUGAUCUUAGAAAGAUCGACAAGGAAGAAGAACGUUUGGCGGCACAUUUUACUUACCAUAAACACCCCAUCACUUCCAUUGAAUGGAGCCCCCAUGAGGAUUCUACACUGGCAGUUACUUCAGCCGACCAUCAGCUGACAAUUUGGGAUCUUGCACUAGAAAGAGAUGAAGAAGAAGAGGCUGAAUUUAGAACUGAAAUAGAAGACAGAGUGAAUGCUCCUGAAGAAUUGCCUCCACAGCUUUUAUUCGUUCAUCAGGGCCAGAAGGACUUGAAGGAGCUACAUUGGCAUUCCCAAAUCCCGGGGAUGAUCCUAUCAACGGCUGGCGAUGGCUUUAACGUCUUAAUGCCUACAAAUGUCGAAAGCAACCUUCCAGCAAGCGGUGCUUGAAACAUGGAUGUUGCUACGUAUUGGUCUUCCUCUGCAUUGCCGCGGUGUCUAAAAUGUUGUGAAUUUGACACAUUUGAGUUGAGAGUGUAGCAAAUUAGCAAAUUUUGUAUGUUCCUUAUUUUUACUGGUUUAUUUCAGUUUUUUUCACCUCAUGGUGGUGGAACGGGCUAGCGGGUUUGGUUCGCUGCUGUGUAAAUUAUUGUUUGCUGUAGACUGUAGCGAAUAAUAAAUAUGUUACUGGUUAUUUUGUUUUAUUUUAUUGAAAAGAUAUUUUCUAUGGAAAGAA